AUGGCGACUUGUUUUCUGAAAACACGAGAGUUUGGAGACUGUGGAGAAUUUCGAGGUAUAGCUGAGCUUGUAAGCUUAGAUCAAUGUAGGAACGAUUUAAGUCAACAUUUAUCCCAAUGUCAUUUGAGUCGAAAACGGAUUAUGGAGGGAGAAUUGAUUUUGGUGCGUUCAGGUUUGUUUUAUACGACCGAAACGCAGAGACAAAAAAUGCUUGUUUGUCCGAAGCACCGUGCGUAUCUCGGGCAGUACUGGGGAAAUCAGACAAAGUUAAGCUCAUGCAAGUACCCUGGCCACAAGGGAGAGCACAGAGCGGUCAGAACAGAUCGCGCAUUUACUUUGAAGGUAUCAAGGGAAGUAAUGGAAGUGUUUGGUGUUCUUGUUCCUGUCGGAGCACGUGAGUAUUUGCCUAUUUUCUGGAUUACCUCUUAUUUGAAAUAAUUGAGACUCAUAAACAACUUGCGCAAAUAGCAGAUAUUAUGAAUAAUCUCGUGUAUGAUUUUUUUAAGCGAUCUGUAGUAGCUGUAGAAAGGCGCACAGCAAAAGGGUCCAGAGUAAUUGGCCGUGGCUACAAGGAGGAAGCGCGAAUGCGGGACCACGCGAUGAAGAUGAUGCAGUACUGCUGACUAGGUAUCUUUAAUAUAAAUAUUCUUGUUUUUGACAUUAAAAUGCGCAAAAACAGUUAUCCUCAGUUCUUGUCAUAGCUCAAACACAAUUCUGUUGGCGCAAGAUAAGAUCGUGAGAACGCUCGUUCGGGAUUGGCUAGCUUAGCCCUGUUUGCGUUGUAAUAAAAAGCCGACAUGCUUUGUUCCAUCCACCCUCUCGGUACUCUGAAAAUACCCCAAGAACGGGACCAUUAGAGAAACGUAAUUGUUGGUAACAACAUAAAGGAGCAUUUGUAUCCAGGAAAAAAUACCCUAAAAGUUUAAAAAACGAGCCUAAGGGACGGACCAUUAAAGAAACUAAAUUGUUGGUUACAGUAUAAAGGAGUGUUUGUAUAUAUAAAAAAAAAAUACCCUAAAAGUUCAAAAACGUGAAAAAAGUGUUGUCGAUCACCUUUUCAAUCACUUUAUAUUGUUUGUCCCAAACAGCAUUGCGUUCAGACCUGCAAACCAAAAUGUGGUAGCUUUUUUUUUUUUUAUUUGUUUGUUUAAAUGGCACAAUCGCUUUAUUAUCGAUAUGAAAUGCCCUCUAAUAACAAUUUCUGGGUGUAGGCGUGGCCUUCGGGGUGAUUUCAGGCAUUAGAAGAGAUAUGCCUCUUAUAUGCUGCUAAAUUCCAUAACUUGAAGUUUUCGGAGGGAAAUCACCCUAGCUUCCCUUUAGCAGUAGGUCUCUUGCCAGUCGCUUUUCCAUCAUUGUCAUGUGGUAAUGCCUUCUUGUGUCUCAUAUAGGAAGAGCAAAGACAAGGCCUUGGCGGAGAUGCGAGAGAUCCAACCAGACACCCCAACUGUUUCCACACCACUUGGUGACUUCCCUUGGACACCUCGACAGUGGCUCAAACUAGAGUCAGUGGACGAUGACAGCACAGGCGAGGACAUGCAGACUUUUCCAGACCAGACAUUCGAGGUGUAUAAUACCGCAAUGGCUCAAAUCGCUGGACUGUCCGAUAUCAAGAUUUUAGAGCCGUUGACCUUUAGGCUGAAAGUGGACUGGGGCACUGCGACAGAGAAAGAAAAGCAGAUGUGCGAAGAGACGGUUGACGACGCCUGUCGGGCAGUGUGUAAAGUGAUCGCACCAAGCUCUAGCGAGGAGUUGCUGAAAUCGUACGUGAAGCGUGCUUCCAGGUCAGAUAAAGAGGUCGAGGCACUGACGUCAGCCUACAGGCAAGCACCAACCAAGAAUCUGAAAACACAGAUCCUAAGUAUAUAUGCCUUGCGCUAUACGUCAAAGGAACUGAAGGCAAUGCACGCGCCCUUUGAGAAGUUCAGUGAUCGCCAAAUAAAGAAAGCAAGAACACAUGCAAAAACUGUAGGAGUUGGGCUCGAAGUUGAAAAAGUUCCUCAUUACAGGGUACGCAUUGAUAGGUCGAAACUAGAACACUUUUUGGAUAUUGUUGACCAGCCUUAUUUUUAUCAAGAUGUUUCUUUUGGAACGAGAACAGUUAAGCUGGACUCAGGUCAGCAGAUGGUUAUGCCUAACGUAGUCAGAACUGUAGGGCGUUCAACAAUGAUUGAGCAAUAUCAUCAGUGGUGCAGAGAAGAAGACUAUCAGCCUUUAGGCAGGUCCACCUUAUACAGGAUAUUGAAAGUGCGAGAGGCAUCACAGCGCAAGUCCCUCCAGGGCUUAGAUAACACGGCAUCAAGUGGGGCAGAAGGCUUUGACACCCUCAAUAAAAUAGUGGAUGACUUGGAGCAGUAGGGUGCACGCCAUAAAUGGUGCGAGGGAUCUCGGGAUAAUCUAAAGGGAGCAAAGCGCUACUUAAAAACGAGCUACCGUGCGCACUGUCGUGAAGACAGCGACAAUCUGUGUGCUGAGCACUGCAGAGAACACGCACUUAGCGAUACGCAGUGCUUAGAGUUCAAGACAUCCUGUACUCAUGAUCAUAUGGAGCUGUGUGAAAGCUGCGACAGUCUCAGGAACACACUGGGCUCUGUUUUGUCUGAGAUUAAAGGUUCACAAGAUGUCCAGUUCUACAGCAGAGACCAGCAAGAAGACAUGUUGUAA